AUGAGUUUUCUUCUUGUGUGCAAAUUUUAUAAACUUCUAGAAUCUGUAUAUAACGAUAUGAAUAUUCAAAGGUUAAAUGGUUAUCCUGAUAUUUUAAAACUUGUCCAAUUGUUGUUGAUUAUAUGUAUUAUGCUUUUUACUGGAGUUUCUGAUCUUUCAACAGAUGCACAUCCUUCUGGAAGAGGAUUUUUCUGGUUUGCAACAAUAUUUCAACUUAUAUUUAUGUUUGUUGUAAUUGUUUUAUUUAUCUAUGAAAAAGAAAAAAUUUUAACACUUGGAAGAAUAACUUGGUACACUUUUGAAAUUGGAUACUCUGCAAUCUUUGGUAUUUUUAAUCUUGUCAUUGCAAUAAUUACUUUAACCUGGCUUAAUUAUGCUUUUGAUGGAACUCUUGGUAUAUCAGCUUUGUUAAGUUUUGGAUUAUUACUUUUAAACAUUUUUAAUGCUGUAAUAGCUUAUCGUCUUGAUGUUGGAAGAGAUCCCUCUACAAUGAGCCAAGAUCCAACUGGUCCUGUUGUACCUGGUAAUAUAGGAAAUAUGCAUCCAGGAAUUUAA